AUGCAGAAAGCCCUACAAGGUCUCCUCUACCAAAAAUCCCUGGUCUAUCUUGACGACGUCAUAGUGUUCGGCCCAACCGAGAACGAGAUGCUGGACAUCCUAGCUGAAGUCCUUCAGAGAUAUCGACAAGCAAGGCAGACCAUUAACCCCAAAAACGUGUUUCUUCCUACAGCAAUGAAUCAA